CCCGAUCCCCGCAGCCCCCCGGACAACGGGGGGAGGAUCCUGCGGGCCGGGGGGGUCCCGCACCCCCGGCACCGGGGCAGGGGGCGGGCGGACCCCACGGCGGCGCGAUGGGGGCGGCGGCCUGCGGGAUGUUCUCAAACAACGAUGAGGCUGCAAUCAACAAAAAACUGCCCAAAGAGCUGCUGCUUCGAAUUUUCUCUUUCCUGGAUGUGGUCACUCUGUGUCGUUGUGCUCAAGUUUCCAGGGCAUGGAAUGUUCUGGCCCUGGAUGGCAGUAACUGGCAGCGAAUUGACCUGUUUGAUUUCCAGAGGGAUAUUGAGGGCCGAGUGGUGGAGAACAUCUCCAAGAGAUGUGGGGGAUUCCUGCGGAAGCUGAGCCUGCGCGGCUGCCUGGGAGUGGGGGACAACGCCUUAAGGACCUUUGCCCAGAACUGCAGGAACAUCGAAGUGUUGAACCUCAAUGGUUGUACCAAGAUCACGGACGUCACCUGCACCAACCUCAGCAAGUUCUGCUCCAAACUCAGGCACCUGGAUUUGGCUUCCUGCACCUCCAUAACCAACCUGUCCCUGAAAGCACUCAGCGAGGGAUGCCCGCUGCUGGAACAGCUCAUCAUCUCCUGGUGUGACCAAGUGACCAAGGACGGGAUCCAGGCGCUGGUGCGGGGCUGCGGGGGGCUCCGGGCCCUGUCCCUCAAGGGCUGCACCCAGCUGGAGGACGAGGCCCUCAAGUUCAUUGGUGCCCACUGUCCCGAGCUGGUGACCCUGAACCUGCAGACCUGCCUGCAAAUCACAGAUGAUGGGCUCAUCACCAUCUGCAGGGGCUGCCACAAGCUGCAGUCCCUGUGUGCUUCUGGCUGCUCCAACAUCACCGACGCCAUCCUCAACGCCCUGGGACAGAACUGCCCGCGCCUCCGAAUAUUGGAAGUGGCGAGGUGUUCCCAGCUGACCGACGUGGGCUUCACCACCCUGGCCAGGAAUUGCCAUGAGCUUGAAAAAAUGGAUCUGGAAGAGUGUGUCCAGAUUACAGACAGCACACUAAUCCAGCUUUCCAUACACUGUCCACGGCUGCAGGUCCUGAGUUUAUCCCACUGCGAGCUGAUCACGGACGAUGGGAUCCGUCACCUGGGCAACGGCGCCUGCGCCCACGACCGGCUGGAGGUGAUCGAGCUGGACAACUGCCCCCUGAUCACCGACGCCUCCCUGGAGCACCUCAAGAGCUGCCACAGCCUCGAGAGGAUAGAACUGUACGACUGCCAGCAGAUCACGCGGGCCGGGAUCAAGAGACUCAGGACCCACCUGCCCAACAUCAAAGUCCACGCCUACUUCGCCCCGGUGACCCCCCCGCCCUCGGUGGGCGGCAGCCGACAGCGCUUCUGCAGAUGCUGCAUCAUCCUAUGACCCUGGAGCCUCCUCCCGCAGGCUGGGGCUGGAACCACGCCCGGGAGCUCCGGGCACGCCAGAACCUUGGAGGAAAAGCGCCCCCAGUGUCAUUUGCCAGGGCCAGUGAGCAGGGCUGGGCUGCCCUGCAGCCACCCACACACCCCCUGUGAUCCCGGCGGGAUGAGGGACUGGGGAUGGAGCUGCAGCUGGGCCGGCUGUUCCCGGGCUGGAUUGGCCUGAUCCUGAACCAUUCCUGCUGGGAAUUGCUGGGAAUAGCCCUGGCCAGGAGGGGAGGGCUCCCAGCCUGGAGGGACUGAUGCUGCUGGUGAGGUUGGAAAAGGAACCGAGAUCCUUGGAAGUGGGGAGAGGGCAGAGGAGAGGAACAUGCUUUAACCCCCUUGUGCAGAAGGAAAAACCCCAACAAAACCUGAAAACCUCAACAAGUUCCAUGUCCGUUUGUCAGUGAGGGAAUGGAGCAGCAGCUGCUGAGCCAGGAUUUCCCUGGGAUCCAGGAUUUCCCUGGGAUUCAGGAUUUCCCUGUGGCCCAGGAUUCCCCUGUGCUUCCUGCUCCCACCUGAGCAUGCUCACAUGAAGGCUCAUCUUCCCUGUGUCAGAGGCUUCCCAGAUUCUUCCCAGAUUGUUGUGAUAGAGCUUGGAAUUUCGAAUUCCACAUAUUUUACCCUCCCCAAAUCCUCCUUUUUCUUUUUUUUUCUUUCUUUUUUUUUUUUUUUUUUUUUUUUUAGAUUUUUUUUCCUUUUUUUUUCCAAAUUCAGUCAUUUCUUGAGAUUUCCCAGGCCAAAGCCAGAAAUCCAUAAGGAAUUUUUUCCCAGGAGAAGCCUGAGCCUGUGAUGAGCUGUCAGGAAGAUUUUAAAGGAGCACAGGGAGCUGCACCCCAGGCUGGGCUUUCCUAGGCUGUGUGAUGAAAGAUUGAGUGUCCAAACCUAUCCCAAAUCCAGGUUUUAUCCCAAUGACAAGGAUAGGGAAUAAUAUCUGUACAAAUCUGUAAUUCUCAGCACAGGGAGAAAGUUCCAGUCCGUGUUCCAACGACUGUGAGUUCCCUCCUCCUGUCCUUUCCCUCCAUCCCUCCCCCAAGGAAAAGCCAAGUAGAGCUUUUUGCUUGUUGCCCUGAUGAAGAAUUAAGGAUUCCCUGAUGGAGCAGGGCUGGGAUCCUCCCUCACUCCCUGUGGGGGCCCUUCCUGACCUCCCCACCUGCCCAGGUAAGUGUGGUGCCCUGCAGGGAGCCCUGGAUGGGCUUUGGAUGUGCCAGGCCCAGCUCUGGGGGAGGGGUGGGGGGGUCGGUGGCUGCUUUUUUGGGGUGUUUCAGGCUCCAGGGGAGCCCAGAGUGAUGAAAUUGCAGGGGCCCAGAGUGGAACUGCUGGGCAGAUCCCAAGGGUUGAAGGGGGCAGGGCUGGGCAGGUCCGUGUCCGUCGUUCCCGCUGUCCGUGCGGGGAGCUCGGGGCUGGAGCUCCCCUGCACCGAGGGCUUCGGCUCCCCUGGGUGCUGAGGAAUCUCCUGGUGGGGAAGGAGCAGCUGCAGCACCAGGAGUGGCUGCUUUGGGGGCUGGGGAGGGGGAUUUUCCCACCAGGAAUUCCAAGGACAGUGAGCUGUUCCCAGCAGGAGGGUCCCAGGUGCCCCUGGAGCUGCUCCCCUUCAUCUCCCCCAGCCCCCCCAGUCUGUGCUCACCCUGCUGGGAGCAACUCCAGGCUGCUGUGGUUAAAAGGAUACUGUCAAUGCCCUCCUGUAGAUGGCUUUUAAUCCCUUAUAUUUAUUCAAAUCCUCUUUAGCGCUGUGGAUUCUCCCCCUCUCCUCGGGCGCCUUCAUUUCCAGAACUUUCUCCAGGUUUCAGGGUGGCAGAAGAUGGUGGUGACAGACUGGACGGGCGAGGGGUCACCCAGCAAUCACAGGAUUUGCACAACUCUGGGAAAAUAAAAAAACAAAACCCUUUUGUUUAGUUCCUCCUGUGGCAGGGGAGAGCGAAGAGCAGGAUUUUGGCUGGCUGAUCCCUUUGUAACAGAGCAGAGUUUUCCAGGGAAAACUCCUGAACACAGAACCCAAAGCAGUUUAUUUUCUGUUUGCAGACCAGGGUGACAGCAUUAAGGUAGCUCAAACUUCUUGACAGUGUCCUUUUAAGUCAAUUAUCCGUCUUCAAAUGGACUCUUCCUGAUGUUUAUAUUUAUAAAUACCAAUAAACACCAUUUUCCAA